AUGGCGACGUCAGAGAGCGAUCAAAGGCCAAAGCCCGGUAGUCUACGGUCGAUUAUUGCCGGGUCGACGGCUGGAGCUGUUGAGAUCUUCUUCUCCCUCUUCCCAUCCUUCUACGUUGGCAGCGCUAAAGUUGACGGCCACAAACAGUCGCGAAGACUAGAACGCAGCUCAACCAUCGGUUACCAGACUCGAAAAAGCUCCCCUGGCCUCCCUUCGGAAAGGCGUGGAUUCGUGGCAUUUGAUUUCUUUAAGUCUAUGUUACAAGACGAGGACGGCAAGAUUUCUGGGCCGCGGACUGUAAUCGCCGGGCUUGGUGCUGGCUUUACAGAGUCACUGUUGGCCGUUACGCCUUUUGAGAGUAUCAAGACACAGUUGAUCGAUGACCGCAAAUCCGCUAGCCCACGCAUGCGCGGCUUUCUCCAUGGCACCGGGGUAAUAUUCCGCGAGCUCGGGGUACGCGCAUUCUUCCAGGGCUUUGUGCCAACGACGGCACGACAGGCUGCUAACUCUGCCACCCGUUUUGGCAGUUAUACGACCAUCCGGCAGUUUGUGCAGGGAUAUGUAGCGCCAGGGGAGAGGUUGGGCGCUGCGAGUACGUUCGCCAUUGGAGGACUGGCAGGUCUGAUCACCGUAUAUGUGACCCAACCCCUGGAUACGAUUAAGACUCGGUUAGUUUUACCUUUUAGCCCUCACAGAAUGCAAUCCAUCGAAGCUCGAAAGAACUAUAAGAAUAGUUUUGUUUGCGCGACUACCAUUUUCAAAAACGAGGGCGUUCUCACAUUCUGGUCAGGGGCUUUGCCGCGGUUGGCACGUCUGGUUAUAAGCGGAGGUAUUGUUUUCACGAUGUAUGAGAAAACGAUGGAGGGACUGGACGUGUUGGAUCCAGAGAGGAAGUACAUCUAA